AUGACUACCGGUGUUAAGCAAACCACUGUGAUCAUAGUUGGGGCUGGCCCUUCGGGCCUAGCCACCGCGGCAUGCCUUCACAAAGAUAUUCCAUACAUAAUACUUGAAAGAGAAGAUUGUAUAGCUUCAUUGUUCAACAAAAAAUCUUACAAUAGGCUUCAUUUUAACGUAGCCAAAAAAUUCUGUCAGCUUCCUCAUUUUCCUUAUCCUUCAAAUUAUCCUACAUAUGUUGCACUAACCGACUUCUUGAAAUACUUUGAUGACUAUGCGGCCCAUUUCAAGAUUGACCCGGAAUUUUGCAACUUUGUAAAGUUUGCGAAAUAUAAUGAAGACAGGAAAAUAUGGGAAGUAGAAGCAAAGGCGGCUAAUGAUGACGUUGUAUGGCGUUAUGAAGGGAGGUUUUUGGUUGUUGCCACAGGAGAAUUUGGUGAUGCGUUUAUACCAAAAGUUGAUGGGUUGAGUGAGUUUAAAGGUGAGGUUAUUCAUUCAACCGAGUUUAAAUCCGGUAAGGGGUAUGAGAAUAAGAAGAUUUUGGUCGUUGGAGCCGGUAAUUCGGGCAUGGAAAUUGCACUUGAUCUAUCUAACCAUGGUGCAAGAACAUCCAUUGUUGUUCGAAGUCCGGUUCAUGUAAUACCAAGAUGGUCAGUAGGUCUUGCAUUAGGGUUACUAAAGUUUAUACCACUCAAUUGGGUAGACUCACUUUUGGUGAUGGUUAGCAAGGUCCUGUAUGGAGAUCUAACCAAAUUUGGGCUCGAAAGGCCAAACGAAGGACCGUUUUUCUUGAAAACAAGAGAUGGCAAGUUGGCCAUUAUUGACGUGGGUACAAUUGAAAAGAUCAAGUCUGGCGAGAUUCAGGUUUUGCCAGCAUUACAAAGUAUAAAAGGAAAGGAAAACGAAGUUGUUUUUCGGGACGGAAAAUGUUAUCAGUUUGACGCGAUUAUUUUUGCUACCGGGUUUAAACGAUCAACUCAUAUGUGGCUUCAGGGAGGUGACAGUCUUUUGGACGAAGAUGGGAUACCAAAGCCAAAAUUUCCAAACCAUUGGAAAGAUGGAGAAAAUGGGCUUUAUUGUGCUGGGUUAGGAAGAAGAGGCAUAUAUGGGGCUGCCAGUGAUGCCCAAAAUAUAGCUGACCACAUUUCCAAUUUAAUCUCAAAUUGGGUUCAAGACAUAUAUGGCUCUCAGAUCUUGGCUACAAAUGGGUCAUCAACUGGCCGCUCAAGUUAUGAAAAUAAGCCAAGUGAGUCACAAUUGGUUUUAAGGUAUUGGUUUUGGCAUAUACUUCUUAGCAAGAAUGCAACAAAGUCCGGUUUGGACAACCGAUUAAUCGAGUUCGUCAGGUUUGGUUUUAAGGACUUCACCUUAGGUUGGCAGGGAAUAGAUUCUAUUCGACAGUUGACGUUAAAAAAAAUACUAAUGUGA